GGGAGGGGGUCUUGAUUCCUUGGUUCCGGUUGAGACCACGCCUGGUCAUGCUGCCGACGUGUCAGCGAUGGUUGGGCAGCCGGCGCUGGACUGUUGUCAAGUUUGAGCCAGCAGGAAAAAAAGAGGGAGAGGGUGCCAAGCCAAAACACUCAACACCACUCAGACCACUUAAAGAAGCCUCUCUACAUACCCACCACUACCACACCGAACUCCUACUCCAACAGACACAUACGAACGAACGAACGAACGAAGAAUUCGAAACUUGCAAAAAAACAAGAAAAACAGAAGAUAUCACAAUGCCAUCAGACCUCAGAAAACGCAAGGCAGAAUCCAGCGGUCUUCCCAGCACAGUCAGCAAUCCCAAGCCAGCGGCGAAUGAAGUAGGCCAUGCAGCCUCGAACCGCCAGAAGCCGACGAUCGCACCGACGGUCUUCAUGCUCCUGAUCGUCGGACUGAUGUUCGCACUCUUCCCGAUCUUCUACUACACCCAGGUCAUGCUCCCAGACCCGCUCUCCACCUCGAUCCUCUCCAACUUCAGGAACAAGGGAAACACUAUCCUCAACGCUCUCGGACAUACUUCUUCCGCCGGGAACGGUCGGAUCCCUUUCAAUUCUGAACACAAAAAUCAGCCACCACCGGCAAGCAAAGGAAUGGCCCCUCCUAUCAUAGAACAAGAGAAUAAAGAUAGCCUUCCUCCAUCUGGAUCUCUUGGCCGCCAAACAACCCAACCACCAGACACGAUGGCCAAAACAUCAGAUCCGAUUACCACCUCGACCACAGCGACCACAACGACGACGACUCCGAGUGAGAAACUAAGUCCGGAGAAGCAGAAGAAGCUAGACGAAGAGCUCGGCUUAUUUUGGGAAGCCUCUAGUCGCUAUCGCCGGGAAGCGCAGAAACAGAAGGCGGGGCAAUAUGCAUUACAAGGCGAUGGCACGGCCCCCCCACCCCAAAAGGCAACAACAGCAACAGCAGCAAAAGAAGAAGAAGAAGGAGCUCACGGAGAACAGCCUCUCUCGUUGGACCGACUCCCCGACGCUGAUCCAGAUGCUAAGGAAGGCCUCACCCCCGAGUUCUGGGACGCUGUCAAACACCAGUUCUCCGCUGACGACUUGACCCUCGUCCUCAAUGAUAUGCGCAGAACCGAACAAGCCGCUCAAUCUCUCUAACUUUAGAUCUUCUCUUCUUCUUCUUCAGAUAUUGUUCUCUUCUCCUUAUGUCCCAUCUAAUCUUCUUCUUUCCUUUUUUUUUGUUUGCGUCGGUUAAUCCUUUUUCGAGUCCUUUUAUAGAUCCUCCUCCUCCUUUUUUUUGGUUAUUUAUAAAUGAUCUACAUAACAAAACACUUUGUUUUUGUCGGACUUUCUUUUUUUUUUUUUUUUUU